AUGGAGAUGACCAUCAAAAGGUCGUCGGAUGGAGUGCCCCAAUUUGCAGGGGAACCAGAACUUCUUCCCAUGUACAGGGAGGAAGCCCUUCAGUACAUGAUGACGUUAGAAGUGAAGAAACGCUACUUGGCAGGUCCUCGCUUGGCAAAAAAGGAGCUGACAGGAGUGGCCAAGGUGGCGAUCCGCAACAGAACGACGCAAGACCCUCAGUGGCUGGCACAUCCUAGGGGGGCAUACACGCUGCUGGAGUUCUUGGAGUCGUUCCUGGCAAAACCUACUUUAGUAGAAGCCUCACGUUUCAUCAUGAAAUUCUUCUACAACCUUAGACGCAAGAAAGGCGAAACAAUGACAGAAUGGGUAGCCAGACAUGCGGAGGCUCUGUGGGAAGCAUCCCAAGCCACGCGAAAAGUGCAGAAAAAGUACGGUGGGAAACCGUCAGCAAGCGGCCUCAGUCACGGUCCACCAGUUCGCCAGUGGUGGUCUCGGACAACAAAUUCUGUGCCUUCAGGUCGGACUUCCGGAAGGACUUCGGAGGUUGGCCAGGAGACUGGCCACGAAGAAGGUGGAGAUGGAACAGAUGAUCCCGAGACGACAGAAGAUGCAGAUGGAGAAGAAGAAGCUGGGCAAGACGAGGUGUGGAACAGCUGGCGCCGAAAUUCCUGGUCUGGGUGGUCGGGCUGGUCAGGUGGAUACUGGUCGGCAUGGUCUGACUGGUCAGAUUCCUGGAAAAGUCAAGAGCACGAGCCGCCGGACUCAUGGGAUAAGAGUGCUGAGCCAUUCCUGCCAGAGUUUCUUGCAGGUUUUCUUCUUCUCAAUCGCGCAGGCCUGGAUGCCCAUGAGAGGGCAAACAUCCUGGCCGCGAUCCGGGGCGAGUUCAGCACCACAACUGUUGGACGAGCACUCCGUGAACAGUGGUCGGAUGAUGACUUGGCACGCAGGGACAAGGCAAAGAUGGGAACGUCUUACUAUGUCUCUGAGGACUAUGAGGAUGAAGCGCUUGCUGCCGAGGACUCCUUCCAAGACCUUGACGGCUUCGAUGAGGAGACGAAAGAGGCCUACAUGCUCGAGCAGGAACGUGCGGAAGACGCUCUUGCGGUGAUCAACGCUCAGAAGGCCACCCUUCGUGAAGCUCGAUGGCGGCAAAAGGAGAUCAAGCUCGGUAGACAGUUCUACCCCAAAGGCGGCAAAGGUGGGUCCAGCUCGAAGGGAGGUUCGGGCAAGGGCGCCAUCCAGUGCUUCCGAUGUGGGGGUAACCACCGAGUUGCUGAGUGCCCCCAAAGGGAGAAGAACCAACAAGCCAAUUUUGCUGAGGCCACCGAGUUCGCCUUCUCAGCCGACGAUGUUGAGGAGGUAGCCUUCCAUGCUCCCGCCGAGCAAGGCCACGACAACAACAACCUGGUAGAGCACACCAUGGGAGUGAUUGAUUGUGGGGCAACAUCCUCGCUAGGGUCGAUUGAGGCUCUGGAGGCCGUGGCAGAGAAGAACCUUCGAGAUCUCGGUGACAGCAAAAUCCUAGUGGAUACCCAGCGGAAGCCAGUGUUCCGAUUCGGCAACGGCCAACGGAAGACUUGUCAGCCAAUCCUUGUCUCCCGGAAGGCACUUCGUGCCCUCGGCGCGGUGAUCGACUUUCGGAGCAACAAAGUGAUCUAUCAGAAUGUGGAUCCAUCGAGAGUGGUGUCCCUUCAGGAGGCACCGAAUGGACACCAGUUGAUGCCCAUGACGGGGGACUUCCUGGCUGGUGCUGAGGUGAGGGGCGUGCCCUUUAACGGUCUGCUAGGGGAGUAG